GGAGUUCCACCUUGGACUUGAACACCAAGACUCCGCGAUUGCAUUCAUAUCUCAAUAUAUAUUUUGGUAGUGGCUUCGAGCAACAGCCAAUACCCGGGAUCCUGAACGUACACCACUGCAAAGAUCAGGUGCACCUGGACCUUUGAUUACCCCGAAAAGCCCCCACGUCAUUCCUGCGGGGAUCAGCAAUCCUCCCAAGCAACACCCUCGAACUUAAACUUCAUAAGACUUGUUGCAAUCCCGUCUUUUACUUCAGCGACCAAGCAUCUUUUUUACAACAACACCAUGGAGCGAGUCAAGCGUUCAAAGGGUGCCCAUUGGAGCAAUAAGCUCGCAGUGGAGAAUGACCCCAACCUCACCACUGCACAGCUUAUGCUUUACAACCACGAUCUCAAACCUGUUGAACCUGCGCGUCGACAAUGGACUGCCUGGAACUUUGUUGGUUUCUGGGUUGCUGACUCUUUUAACAUCAACACGUGGAUGAUUUCAUCCUCAAACAUCGUCGAGGGUCUUUCUUGGUGGCAAUCAUGGCUCUGCGUCUGGGUCGGCUACUCCAUUGCGGCUUGUUUCAUCUGCUUGACCGGUCGAAUCGGUGCAACUUACCAUAUUUCUUUCCCUGUCGUCAACCGUGCUUCGUUCGGUGUCUGGGGAGCGUUAUGGCCCGUUUUCAACCGUGCUGCAAUGGCUUGCGUCUGGUAUGGUGUACAAGCAUGGAUUGGAGGCACAUGCGUGUAUCUGAUGAUCCGCGCUAUCUGGAAUAAUUGGCGCGAGGCCGACCCAUUGAACCCAGGUGCAGGUGGUAUCACCAACACCAUGUCCUCAUCCGGCACCCACACUAUCCACUUCGUGUCCUUCUUCCUCUUCUGGGCGGGCUCGCUUCCCUUCAUUUACCCCCCAGUUCACAAGAUCCGACAUCUGUUCACUGUAAAAGCAUAUGUUGUCCCCUCUUGUGGUAUCGCCUUCUUCAUCUGGGCAGUCGUGCGAGCCAAGGGUAUCGGCCCUAUCGUCCACCAGUCCGGUAAAGCGAAGGGCUCUGAGCUUGGUUGGUUGAUGGUCAGAGGCAUUAUGAGCUCGAUUGCCAACUUCGCGACUUUGAUUGUCAACGACCCUGAUUUCGCCCGUUUUGCACGCAAGCCUUCCGACGCCUUCUUGCCACAACUCAUCACCAUCCCCGUGGGUUUUGCCAUCACCUCCUUCAUCGGAAUCAUAGUCUCCUCUUCGUCCUCCGUCAUCUUCGGCGAGGCAAUCUGGAAUCCUCUGGAUCUGCUUGAAAGUUUUCUCCAGGAAGACGCUGGCCACGGUCAACGAUUCGGAGUCUUUGUCAUCGCGGCCGGCUUCACGCUUGCCCAGCUCGGAACCAACAUCGCAGCCAACUCCAUCUCCGCCGGUACCGAUAUGACCGCUCUCGCUCCCCGCUGGAUCAGCAUCCGCCGCGGUGGAUACAUCUGCGCGCUCGUCGGCCUCGUCAUGUGCCCCUGGAACCUCCUCAAAUCGACAAACAGCUUCACCACCUACCUAUCCGCCUACUCCGUCUUCCUAUCCUCCAUCGCCGGCGUCAUGAUCUCCGACUACUACCUCGUCCGCAAGGGCUACUUCCAGAUCAAGGACCUGUACUCGGGCAAGAAGACCGGCGCAUACUACUACAGCUUCGGCUUCCACUGGCGCGGAUACGCCGCCUACAUUUCCGGCAUCGCCAUCAACGUCGUCGGCUUCGCAGGCGCAGUCGGUGCCACUGUCCCCGCUGGUGCGCAACGCAUCUACGACCUCAACUUCUUCUGCGGCUUCAUCGUCGCGUCUGGCAUGUACUGGCUGCUGUGCACCGUCUUCCCUAUCCCCGCUACGAGCAAAGUGUGGAUGGAGGUCGGCGACGAGAUCACGGAUAUGUCGGUCGCGUACACGGAUAGCGAUAACGAGCGCUACGACGAGGAGGUCAUGCACGGCAGCAAGGGAAAAGAGCAGUCCAUCGGGGAAGCGAAGAACUACUAGUUGGGUAGUUGACGAUAUGAUGGGUCGAAUUUGCACGAUUUAGAGUCUCGCUAAAAGACGGUGAUGAUGAUGGUUUAUGACAGCGUUUUGUUUAUUUUAUUUUGUAUAUCGAUUUUUACGGCAGAGCGUUUCAUGGUAGAUGGAUGGAUCGAUGGAAAAGGAAGGGGGUUCCUUGUACGGGAAGUUGUUGUUGUUGUUGUUGUUGUUGUUGUUGUUGGGAGAUAUACCAGGCCUUCUCUCAGGCCAACGAUUCAAUCAAUCGCUUUUUGCU